AUGACCAGAGAGAAUCACGACCGAGUUCCUUGUCAGGUAAUUCCCCUUCUUCGAUUUAAUGACCUGCAGUCUAUCGCAGAUGCUGAUUUUGUAGUCCCCGCGACGGCUAGAUUCAACGAAAUCGGAGUCCAACAACUGAGCGAUCACGUCUUCGCCCAAGUCUUCCCCAAUAAAGGAGCUUCUCCAAACCCAGACCUUGUUGCACUGUCGAAGGACCACCUUGCGCGACAUGAUCUACUCGGAAAAUCCCAAGAGGCCGCAGAGCCAGUUGCAUUUGACAUGCCGAAACUCCAGGGCCAGACAUUGGAUGAGCAUUUUUACAAGCUGGGAAUGGAUGCGUCGGAACCCUACUUGACCUACGCGAAAAGCUACGCCACCAUAAAUUCCCCGGAAAAGCCACGCCAGUGGGUUAAACGCAGCGGUUGGACGAAAUACAAUAGUGAUGGAUCGUCGGAGCCGGUGGAUGCGCCAAAUGAGUCGAUAUUGACGUUUGACACGGAAGUGAUGUACAAGGAACACUCGUUUGCUGUUAUGGCAUGCGCUGUUAGUCCUACGGCUUGGUAUGCCUGGCUAUCGCCUUGGCUUUUGGGGGAAUCGGAGAAGGAAGUGCAGCUAAUACCGUUGGGGGACCCGUCGCAACCACGUAUCGUCAUUGGGCAUAAUAUUGGGUAUGAUCGUGCGCGUGUGUUGGAGGAAUACGACAUGAAGCAGACGCGCAACUUCUUCGUUGACACAAUGUCGCUUCAUGUCGCUGUAAAUGGCAUGUGUUCACAACAGCGGCCUACCUGGAUGCGGCACAAGAAGAAUAAGGAUAUACGAGAAAAGAUGGCCGACGAAAGCAAUUCGGCUGAACUUGCGGCUUUAAUCGAAAGCAAAUCUCUAAGCGACGAGGAGGAGGAAUUGUGGGUGGGCAGAAGCUCUGUGAACUCCCUUCGAGACGUCGCUAAGUUUCAUUGUGAUGUUACGAUUGACAAAGCGCAGCGUGACUACUUCGGCGAGCUCGGCAGAGAAGAAAUCUUGGGAAAACUAGAAGAACUUCUUGAUUACUGUGCUGCUGAUGUGGCUAUCACUCAUCGCGUGUACAAAAAAGUUUUCCCAAACUUCCUCAGGGUUUGCCCUCAUCCCGUUAGCUUUGGUGCUCUCAGGCAUUUGUCCUCCGUCAUCUUACCAGUCAAUGAGACUUGGGACGAAUACCUCACAAAUGCCGAAUCGACCUACCACCAACGUCUGGAAGAUGUGCAACGAAGACUAGUCGAGCUGUGUGAUGAAGCUCUGAAAGUCAAGGACCAACCAGAUAUUUACAUGAAGGAUCCCUGGCUACGGCAACUCGACUGGUCCGGGCAGGAAAUCAAAAUGGCCAAGGGCAAAAAGAAGGGCGACCCUCCGCGACCGGUUGCCAGGCAGAAGAAGCCCGGGAUGCCUAAAUGGUAUAAGGAUCUUUUUCCCACGAGCACGGCGGAUAUCAAUUUAACCGUACGGACGCGGAUUGCGCCCAUCCUUCUCAAAUUGUCAUACAGCGGACAUCCGCUGACCUGGUCUGACAAAUACGGCUGGACAUUCAAGGUUCCUCGCGAACAAAUCAAGAACUUUGAAAACCAGCCAGUCGUGCGCUGCAUGAUGGCGGAAGAGAAAAAUGCCGAGUUGAAGAACGACUGGAAACACGCCUACUUUAAGCUUCCACAUAAGGAUGGACCACAAGCCCGCUGCGUCAAUCCCUUGGCUAAGGGGUAUUCGGGUUAUUUUGAGCGCGGACUACUCACUUCGCAGUAUGCCCUUGCGAAGGAAGCUCUGGACAUGAAUGCCUCAUGCUCCUACUGGAUCAGCGCUCGUGAUCGGAUCAUGAGUCAGAUAGUGGUCUACGAGGAUGAAGUCCAAAAUUCGGUUACGAACAACGAUACCGGGAACAGAGUAGGGUUUAUUAUACCGCAAAUCAUUCCCAUGGGAACUAUCACCCGACGAGCCGUGGAAAACACCUGGCUUACAGCAAGCAAUGCUAAAGAGAAUCGGGUGGGGUCUGAGCUCAAGGCUAUGAUUAAAGCACCUCCUGGACAUGUCUUCGUAGGAGCCGAUGUCGAUUCUCAAGAACUGUGGAUUGCCAGUCUCAUUGGCGACGCCCAAUUCCAAAUCCAUGGUGGCAACGCAAUUGGCUUCAUGACCCUGGAAGGGUCCAAGGCAGCUGGAACUGACAUGCAUUCACGCACUGCCAAGAUUUUAGGCAUUUCUCGCAACGAUGCCAAGGUCUUCAACUACGGGCGUAUCUAUGGCGCCGGCGUUAAGUUCGCCGCCACAUUGCUACGUCAAUUCAACCCGUCAAUGUCCGAAAAGGAAACCCAGGAGGUUGCAAGCAAUCUCUACAAAGCGACUAAGGGUACCCGUACCACUCGCCGUCUUCUGAGUCCAAAUCCUUUCUGGCGAGGCGGUACCGAAUCAUUUGUAUUCAACAAACUUGAAGAAUUUGCCGAACAGGAACGACCCAAAACGCCGGCUCUGGGCGCCGGAAUCACCGAGGCCUUGAUGCGCCGUUUCAUCAACAAAGGCAGUUUCAUGACAUCUCGCAUUAACUGGGCGAUUCAGUCCUCCGGUGUCGAUUAUCUUCACCUUUUGAUCGUGGCUAUGGACUAUUUGAUUCGACUUUACAACAUCCAAGCCCGCCUAGCGAUCACAGUCCAUGAUGAAAUCCGGUACCUAGUCAAGGAUGAAGACAAAUAUCGUGCGGCCUUGGCUUUACAAGUCGCGAAUGUCUGGACCCGCGCCAUGUUUUCACAAGAAGUUGGCAUCAAUGAUCUUCCCCAGUCCUGUGCCUACUUCUCAGCAGUCGAUAUUGACCACGUGCUUCGCAAAGAAGUGGACAUGGAUUGCAUUACUCCAUCUCAUCAGCAGAAAAUUCCUCACGGCGAAACCCUGGAUAUCGUUCAACUUCUGGAUAAGAACCAGGCUGCCUUCCUUGAUCCCUCCACCACUCCACUCUCGCCGCCAUCUCCUGAAAAGUAUCCCUACACGCCACGAAAAUCCGUCAUGUCCUCACUGCAAACCUCCGACGAUCCCGCAUUUAUCAAAGCACAAAUCACCAAGGACGAUAACGAAUUCCGUGAUAUCAUCAAGGAAGUCUCAAAAGCCAAACUCGCCGCGAAAAAAGCCAGCACUGAAUCCGCAACUGCACCCAGAGGCGGCCGCCGCGCCAUAUCAUCCACCACCCCGUCCGCCGAGCCUCAAAAGGCUGUGCUCGUUGACAUCGGCUCUGGCCUCUACCAUGACUUCCGAGCCGUCCCGGAAGGGAGCAGGUCUCCUCAGUCCGUUGGUCUCAAUCGUCAAAAUUGGAAGCCCAGGUCAUCUGCAAGGGCUUGA